AUGGAAAACCCAAUAGCAAACGCCUCGAAGCUCAAGCCUGAGAUACGCCUUGUGCAAGCGCUAGCCGGCUUCAAAGCAGUACUGUCAACCGAUCGGAGAGCAAGAUCCGACGAAUCCAUCGCAGCGUUCAAAGACCAUCCCCCGGAUGCGAACGAUGUCAAUCGCCUGACCGCUGAAAUCAACCGUGACAUCCAACAGACAACGAGGCGAUGUUAUGGACCGCGUUUUGUGCACGUCUUACAAGCUGUGCAACAGUACGCCUCCAUAGGCGACGUCUUUAUAGGAGGAUCACAGAAUCUGAUUGCUUCGGGAGUCUGGGCGGCAAUGUUGACUCAAAGCGCUUCUUACCUGGAGAAAAUGUCAAUGCUGUUUAUGAACGCAGGCAGAAGUGCUCCCCGAUAUCAGGACAUGGCCUUGCUUUACCCUCGCUCGAAGCGACUGCGGCAUGCACUAUGCGAGUAUUUUAUUGUUAUUUUGAAUAUUUGCAAGCACGCUGUGAAAUUUCUGCAAAAGUCCGCAUUAUCGCAGUUCUCAUCGGCUAUAUCGGACUCUUGUUUGGCGUCUUUCGAGAAGGACCUUCAACAGUGGUCAGUUGUCAUUGUGGAAGAAGUUACUUUACUGUCAAGUCAAAGCCUCCAAGAGGAAGCGAGGGAGAAUUCUCGAUUUCGGCAGAUCAUGGUUAAAUUCUCUGAUUCCCGGAACCGGUGCCAGCAAUUGGCUCUCAGAAUCCGGCUACUUGACGCUUGUUCCACAUACGACUACCAGACGUCUUGGAAGCAGGCUCGAAAACAGGGAACAACAACCUGGUUCGCCAGCACUUUUGAGUACCAAAGAUGGAAGGGAACGCCUUCUUCAUGCUCCCUACUGUGCACCGGCAAACUGGGGUCGGGCAAGACAACCUUGCUGGCAAACAUGGUUGAUGACUUGUUUUGUUCUGCUUCGAAGGGGUCAGUUGCGUACUUUUUCUGCCGAUUCGAUGUCUCUGACUCGUUGACUGCGAGGACCAUCAUCGGAUGUCUUGCGCGACAACUCUUAGGGCAACAGCCUAUUGACCUGACGAGAAUCGAUUCACUUGCAGAUCCAGACGAGCAAGUGAUUGUCAAGUUUGUACGAGAACUGCUUCCUGUGGAUCUGACUUACAGUUUGAUUGUGGAUGAACUUGAUGAGUGCCCGGAAAAAGAGCGACAGAUAACGUUAGAGAUACUGCAGCAGUUGCAAAAGGACUUCAAAAUUCGUAUGUGCCUGUCAUUCAGACAGGACGCGGGGGGUCAUGCCAAAGUCGCAGCUGGCAUUCUUAAUGAAAAGUGGACACUGUCUAUCCCCGAGAACAACUCCGACAUCGAUGCUUAUAUCGACGCCGAGCUACGUGAGCGUCUCGAGUCGGACAGGUUGUGUAUCGGAGAUCCAGCUAUCAUCCUGUCGAUCCAACAUGCCCUUGUCACUGGGGCCCAAGGAAUGUUUCUCUGGGCCACACUGCUACUCGACUGCAUUUGCAUGGAGCAGACAGAUGAGGCAAUUCUCCGGGCCCUUGAGAGCCUUCCUCAAAGCCUUUCAGAAACAUUCAGGCGAGUUCUACAGCAAGCUGGUGCCUCAAACAUCCAGCAUCGCCGCAGGAUUGUGCGGUUGGUUAUGGCUGCGCGACGGCCCCUAUCAGUGGGGGAAUUAUGUGAGGCUCUCAGUGUCAUUCCCGGUGACACGGCAUGGGAGCCUGCACGACAAAUUAAUAAUAUUCAUGCGGCCCUUGCAAGUUGCAAAUGCUUGAUCAUUAUAGACGAAGAAGAGCAGACGGUUAGAUUUGCCCACCAUAGUGUCAAGCAGUUCUUUAUUGCUCGGGGCGAUGAACCAGAAAAUCCGAAUCCCAUAAAUCCGGACGAAACAAAUAAAGAAAUGGGUCGGGUCAUUCUAACGUACCUCAACUACGGGAUUUUCGACGAUCAAGUAUCUCGCACAGUCUUUCCAACAAUUUCUGCUGUGGAUGCCCCAGCUCGAAUCGUGAGCAGCGUCUUCGGAGAUUCCGUCAACACAAAAAGAGUCGCUCUGGAACUGCUCAAGCCACUAAAAAAUGGCAAAUGCGACAUAGGCCAAACUUUGGCCGAGACGGCCAUGGCACAGCGCAGAUCUCUAGCGGAGAGCCAUCCCUUUUUGGCUUAUGCCAAGGACUAUUAUAGGUAUCAUAUUCUAGGGGUCUGGAACUGUGAGUGGGAAAUGGGACAGCUGUGGCAGGGCCUCUUGGAGAGAAAGUCUGUUGAUUUGCGGAUUACCGAUUGGCUGCAAUAUGAGUUGCAGCAUCGGCGAGUGACCGGCCUUGAUGGAGAGUUCGUUCCUUAUGAUGUUCUGAGCCAGCUGGUCACAUAUCAUGUUAUCCGCAAGGUCCUUGAGGAAACUGGGUUUUCCGGAUACGGCACAUCGACACUCGCGCAUGAUAUCCUCACAGACCGCCAGCGAUGGUUUGCGAUUCUUGUUGAUAUAGGGAUCAAUCAUUAUAUUGGGGCCCACUUUCAGUCGUCGAUGAUUCAGUCUCCGAUAACAGACCGCGAUCUCCCCAUUUCGUGUGUGCAAUUCCUUGAGAAAUACAAGUCGAAAAUCUCUCAGACCACUGGAUUACGCACCGUUCAAUCCUGGUCUAACAAGCCGAGCAGCUCACGAUUUGUCGGUCCGAUGGGGACCGAUAGAUGGGAGGAAUUGGCUGAGUUGUUCUGCCUCCGACAGCACCAGUACCUUGUCCCUAUACUCCAAGAAGGUCAACAAUAUAACUCGGAGGACGAGAUCAUGCCGUUCUUGCCUGUUGGAAACGCGUUCUAUAAUCACGACUAUGGAUUUCUAUUUGUUCAAGUUCACCCUGCACAUCAUGACUUUCCUCCAGCUUAUCGCGGUAGGGAAGACGUUGAUGGUCCUUACCUGGUCGCGCUUUGGCCCUUGCUUAGGACCAUGCACAUGGAUGAGCCUCCGCCUCUUUUGUUGUCUUAUGGACGCUCUUGGGAUGUCCCACGGCAUCUGCUCCAAGCGGUUGCAUCAUAUCGUCCGCGGCGACAGAGCGGAAUAUCCCAUUCCGAGACGAUCCGUCUGAUUUUCCCCGUCCUUGGCCCGAGCCUCGACGACGCUUGGCGGCAAAGCUUGGCUACGGAUACGCACUCGUCUCGACGGUUUCUGAGAUUCUGCCUGUCACAAAUGACCGGUAUCGCCGAGGCUCUUGUCUUCGUCAUUCAAAACGAUCCAAAAGAGCGGUACAUCUCACUAAGCAAGAUUACGCCACGCAGCAUUCAAUGGUGCAAGCACUCACGCUCCAUAUUCCAACGGGGAACUCUGCGGUUGGAUCUACGGACCCUGAUAGCUGAUCCAAGUCAAGGCCCCGCUCGGCAAUUUGAAGAGGCGUAUCGUGCCCCAUAUGAGUCCAAGGGGAAGGAUGGAUUGGAAUAUGACUGUGUCUGGAGGCUGGGAUGCAUAUAUUUUGAAUUCCUUAUUUGGGCUGUGAUGGGAUCGACAAGUCUUCAAGAAUUCCGCGAGGCUAGAGGAGGGGCGAAUGCUCCGUUCUAUUUACAAACGUACUCUGACCAUCACCAAGGGUCCGAAUUGUCCUCCGAGGUUCGCCGCUGGGCGGACAUGCUGCUCAAUGAGCCCGAGCUUCCGCUGGAGGUUCGUCGAUUUUGCGAAAAAUUGCUACGGUGUGUGCUUGUAGUGGACCCGUCAGCCAGGGUAUCGGCCCGCCAGUUCGCUUCUAAUAUGAAAAACCUUCAGAAGCUGCAAACUAUUAGCAACUUGGACUGGAACUGGUAA